AAAUAUUGGCUAACCUCCACUCUGCCAGAGGAAGAUAAUUGUCAGAGCUGAAAUGGCAGCAUGCUACCGAUAAGUGUGUCAGUGCAUGUACACACUGCAGAUUUCCUGCCUCCUCAACAAUACUGUCUCGACACAAUAGUAUGUACAGUGGAUUAUGUGUGAGUGUAGUCGGUAGGUUCUUGCUGCUGUGACCGUUGAGCAGAAAUGGAAGAAGAACAAGUAUCAAACCAGGAGUCCUUACAAGCCACAGUCGUUUCAGAUGUAAAGAAGAGGCAUUCUAAAUCUGAAACCAAGCGAUACAGUGAGAUCUUCAGAGAUUUCGACAAUCUCGAAUUAUCUCUAAUCUCUGCUGAAGGGGAGGAUCUGCUGGCAGACAUUGACUCACAGUCCCUCUCAGAAUCCAUCACUGCCGACGGCUCAGAGCUCAUAGACCAACACGAUGAGUCUAGUGAAGAGGCAUUUUGCGUACAGGUACGCUCUGAGGGCAGUGAAGCUGAUGGAUGCUCAUCAGCCCAGGAAGCAGACUUGGCACUUUGUCGCUGUGAGGAUGGAGUGGAAGCAGCGCUGCAGUAUGCCAAGAUGUGGUGCCGCUAUGCCAAAGACCUACUUGCCUGGAUGGAGAAGAGAAUCAGCUUGGAACAAGAAUUUGCAAAGAAUGUGAUGAAGACAGCCGAAGGAGCAAAAGCCAGUGUGGCACAGCAGGAAAUGAUGCCUUUACAGUACAUCUACACCAUGGCACUGGAGCAAGAUAUCAAGAACAGCGUGACCUCAAGAAAGACUUCUGAGCUGCUACAACACCGCUGUUACCAAGCCUUGACUGCCAAGAGGAAUGAAAUUGACAAGUGGCGCAGAGAGUUUAAGGAGCAGUGGACAAAAGAACAGAGGAGGAUGAACGAAGCAGUGACGGCAUUUAAAAAGGCUCAGCAUCAAUACUUUCAACGGUGUGACGAGCUAGAAAAGGCUAAAGCUGUCUCUGCUAAAGCAGUGGACGACACCGCUGGAUUUAAAACACUGGAUAAGAGGAGGAAGUCUAAGGAUGAAGCCCAGACCAAGGUGAUGGAGGCAGAGCUCCAGUACAGACAGUGUGUGAAUGAUGCCAGGAUCCACCAAGAGGAAUUAGUGAAAGUCAAGGAGAGACUUAUUACUCACGUCCGCAAACUCAUCUGUCAGGGAGACACUGUGCUCAAAGAGGCCACCGUCAACAUGUUUUACUUCCAGCGGCAGCAGAUAGAGUCCGUCCCCCUUGACUACCACAAUCUGGAGGUGACGUGCAGAUCCCUGGAGCCCGGGGAGCCGUACCUGCUCUACAUCCUCAGCAAGCGCCGCCUCGAGCAACCUUUGCAAGACUUCACCUUCCAGGAGUAUGUUCCUCAGGGCAAAGGGAACAGACGAAAACCCAACAGUGCCCUCAGCUCUCUGCAGGAUUCUUCAUCUCUGACAGAUGAGAGCUCUUACAGGAGACCCAGUGAUGGCAGGAGAACAGGGUGCAGUGACAGUGAGAGUUUUGGGGGCAGUCUAGAAUCUCUGUCCAGUCCUGCUCACAGUAACAGGAGGCUUCCUAAAACCGCGUCCACAUUAACCGUGUCCUCCGAUGACCUGGAUGAGCACUUGGCAUCAGAAUCGGAGUACACGGAUUGUCAGCUAGUCAAGGUGCGCACAUUUUCUCGAGCAGCAAUAACACACCGACUCAGGAAGAUGAAGAGUAAGAUGGCAAAAUGCAAGCAGUGUGACAACUACAUUGUCGUCAGUGGGGUCGAAUGUGAGGAGUGUGGGGUGGCUUUACACAGGAAGUGUAUGGAGGUGUGUCAGCUGGAGUGCGAGCACAGGAAAGGCACUGUGUUUGGAGUAGACCUCUCUCUACUAACUCGUGACAGGCCAGAUGAAGUGCCCUUUGUGGUGCAGCGCUGCACAUCUGAGAUUGAGAGUCGUGCUCUCUCAGUCCAGGGGGUGUACCGUGUGAGCGGAUCCAAGCCUCGCAUACAGAAACUCUGUCAGGCCUUUGAGAUGCAGAAAGAGCAGGUGGACCUCUCUGACCUUUCACCCCACGAUAUCACCUCGAUCCUCAAGCACUUCUUCAAAGAGCUUCCAGAGCCAAUACUCACCUUUGACCUGUACAACGACUUCAUUGCUGUGGGGAAGACCAUUCAACUUUUGAGUGAAAGAGAGCAGACGCCAGACACUAAUGAGAUCACGAACAUCAUCCACAACAUCCAGAAGCUACUACAAAAACUUCCUCCAUAUUGCUACAGCAUUUUGCAGCACAUGAUGUCUCACCUGCAAAAAGUUUCAGAAAACUACGAGAACAAGAUGUCUGCUAGCAAUUUGGGCAUUGUGUUUGGGCCAACACUAUUGCGCCCCCUUGUGUCUACAGACAUGUCAAUGAUUGCCCUGCUGGAGACCAGUUUCCAGGCUGUCCUUGUUGAGUUUCUCAUCACACACCAUGACAUAGUUUUUGGCCUUCAGCAGAGACCCGAUACACCCCCUCCUCCAGUCCCCACUGCACCUCUUCCAGAGAACCCUCCCAGAGCUUCCUGUCCACUGGACGGGGACGUCUACAUCAGCCCACGACAUGAGAACUCAUCCAAAGAGCGCCCACGCUCACUAGAAAGUCGAAUCAAGAGAGAGUCAAGCGAGGGUUAUAUAUCUGACAAGUCUUCAUCCAAUGAGGCAGUGGACCAGCUCAGCCCUGAAGCCAAUGAGAGAGCAGUCCUGGCUAUAAGAGCGGCAUCAGCCCAUCAUAAGAAUGAGCUGGUGGAAGAACCAGACUCUGAUUUGAUGACUCAGCCAUGCUAUCGCCUCACCAGACAGCCUGUGAUGUAUCACCGGCAUCAUAACACUGGAACUAGACUCUCCAACCCAGGUCGUGCAGCUAGACAGCCUGCAGCAGUGAGGGGCAAUACGGGGAGUGCUGACAGCAGCCGCAGCUCUUCUCCAGAGACUGGGAUGCAUAGACAUCCCCAAAAGGUCCACUGUGAGAACAAUCACAUGCCCCACCACUCUGCCAAUGUUGCAGGGAGUAAAGUGGAUCUUCCACUAAGCCCACGUAAGGUUAUGCAGUAUAUGUUAGGACUGGAUCCACCUGAGACACUGUCUGAUACAACACUGGAUUUCUCUCAGGAGGAAGCAGAUGUGUGUCCAGCUCAUCUGAACACAAACAUGUCCAAUAACACACUGAGUGCUGGACAGUUGACUCUGUGUCACUUAUCAAAGACAUUUCCUGUUGAGCACAACCUGACCUCACCAGCCCAGAAGAUCCUGGCAAGUCUGAAACUGAGACGCAGCCACUCGGGGAAAGAUGAGCAGCUCUUUGUCUAAAGGAGUGGUGGAAAUUUCCAGAGAGUUCACCGAAAUACACUUGCACAAGGGAGAUCCUUAGUAUCAAACUGCCUCUAACUGUUUGGCACUUAUCGACUGUUUUCAGCUGUUAGUAGGAAAGUUCAGGUGUGAAGCCACAGCCUUGUCUCAACUAAUCCUGUUUAAGAACUGGAUCUAUUGACCAUCCAGCUGUCUGAUGCCCACGAGGACAUUUGAGGUGUUAAUUGAAUGCAUUUGAAUGUAACAAGCAGGUGCUUUAAGUUUUCAGAUUACUAUACUCGACAUGUUUUUGUCCCAAACAAACUAUAAUAAAGCCUGUGAAAAAAUACAAA